GCUCCGCCCACACUCGGCUUGUUGCGCUCGCGCGCGCGUUACCGGCGCGUUACAUUGUUCGAUUCGUCCUCGAUCUGCGCGAAUCUCUCGUUUGAGAAGUUGAGUCCGGAGCACAGAGUUUGUCCUUCAUUCCUUCAUUGCGAUGUCCAGGCGAAGCUCGCUGCUAGUUCCGAUGAAGAGCAUCGAGCGGGAGCUGAUCUGCCCCAUCUGCCAGGAGCUGUUCACACACCCGCUCAUCCUGCCCUGCCAGCACAGCGUGUGCCACAAGUGCGUCCGAGAGCUGCUGCUGCCCAGCCACGACGACUCGAUCAGCACCGAUGCGGGCUCCGAGAGCUCGAACCCGGGCAGCCCUCGCGCCAGAGUCCCGUCCCCGAGCAUGGAGAGGCUGGAGCGCCUGGUGCGAUCAGGGUCCAUAUCUUCUCCUGGAUGGAGGCGCUCCUCCGUCACUCCCCGGGUCACCACCUUCCCGUGUCCCGGCUGUCAGCAUGACAUUGAUCUCGGGGAGCGAGGGAUCAGCAUGCUCUUCAGGAACUUCACUCUGGAGAGCAUCGUGGAGCGUUACCGUCAGGCGGCCCGAGCAGCCGUGGCCAUCAUGUGCAACGUCUGCAAGCCGCCCGUCCAGGAGGCCACCAAGAGCUGCAUGGACUGCAAGGCCAGCUUCUGCAACGAGUGCUUCAAGAUGAACCAUCCCUGGGGAACACCCAAAGCCCAGCACGAGUACGUGGGACCCACCACCAACUUCAGACCCAAGGUGCUCAUGUGUCCUGAGCACGAGAUGGAGAAGGUGAACAUGUACUGUGAGGUGUGCCGGCGUCCCGUGUGUCAUCUGUGCAAGCUCGGCGGAUCUCACGCUAAUCACAGAGUCACUUCCAUGAGCAGCGCCUACAAGAUCCUGAAGGAGAAGCUAUCGAAGAGUAUCCAUUACCUAAUCAGUAAAGAGGACCAAGUGAGGACUCAGAUUUCUGAGCUGGAUGUGUUGAUCCGUCACACAGAGGAGAACGGGCAGCUCGCCGAGAGACGCGCCAACGAACACUUUGAGCAUCUUUUCGAGACGCUUCAGGAGAGAAGGACGGAGAUGCUGCGCUCCAUCGAGCAGUCGAGGAACCUGCGGGUGGAGCGUCUGCGGGCGCAGGUGGAGGAGUACCAGGGCAUGCUGGAGAACAGUGGCCUUGUGGGAUACGCUCAGGAGGUGCUGAAGGAGACGGAUCAGUCCUGCUUCGUCCAGACGGCCAAACUGCUGCACGUCAGGAUUCAGAAAGCCACCGAGUCGCUGAAGACCUUCCAGCCUGCAGCGACGCCGUCGUUUGAGGAGUUUGUGCUGGACACAUCGAAGGAGGAGAUCCUGCUGAAGGAGCUGAGCUUCAGCGGCGUUCCUGAGCCUCCAGUGAUCGAUCUCUCUCGCUGCUGCGUUUAUAACGAGGGUCUGAUCCACUGGCGUCUGUCUGAAGACUCUCUGCCCACCGAUCAUCACAUCGUGGAGUUCAGGAAGCUGGGUUCUGAGGAAGAGGAGGAGGAGGAAUCCCACUGGAGCGCAUCGGAGCGUGUUUACAGCUGCAGCACGGUUCUGUCGGAUCUUUCCAGCGACUCUCGCUACGCUUUCAGAGUCAAGAGCUGCAGGAACGGUGUGUUCAGCCCCUACAGCCCUGAGGUGACCCUCCACACGCCUCCAGCGCCGGUGUUUGGCUUCCUGUUUAACGAGAAGUGUGGCUUCAGUGCGGAGCGGCUGCAGCUGAGCAAACGCAGGGACUCUGUGGAGAGCGUGGCGGGGAUGAGCUUGCUCUUAUCUGCGGAGCGUGUGCAGACGGGGAGCUACAUCUGUCUCGACUACAUCAUCGGAGACACGGGCAUCUCUCACGGACGCCAUUACUGGGCUUUCCGUGUGCAGCCCGAUUCAUACAUGAUCAAAGUGGGAGUGGCUUCUGACUCCAAACUAACAGAGUGGUUUCACAACCCUCGAGACACCAGCAGCCCCCGGUACGACCACGACAGCGGUCACGACAGCGGCAGCGAGGACACGUGUUUCGAGGUCUCACAGCCCUUCACGCUGGUCACUGUGGGCAUGGGCCGGCUCUUCAUCCCCAAAGCGUCCACCGCCGGAGACCACAGCAGCCGAGUCCUGCCCAUGCCACAGAGGAUCGGGGUCUGUCUGGACUAUGACGCGGGUCGCGUGUUCUUCUACGACGCAGACUCCAUGCGCUGCCUGUACGAGCGAGCGGUGGACUGCUCGGGGACCAUGUUCCCUGCGUUCGGGCUCCUGGGCGGCGGAGCGGUUCAUCUGGAGGACUUCAUCACGGCCAAGCGGCUGUCCUACAUGUGAGGAUCCUUUCAGUGUCUGUUAGCUCUGUUAACUCGCUCUACUUCUCUUGAGUUCCUCGUGACGGUCGUGUGGGUCGCUGUCCAAAUAUACAAGUCCAUCUGUUUUAAGAGCCAAAGCCGAUCUCGAGUGCCUACGUGCCUUCAGUGACAUCAGUCGAUCGGGAUCUGGACACACACCAUCAGGUUUCACGCAGGGCUCCUUUAUACACUGAAAUCUAAUGCAAAGCCUCACAACGUCACUUUCUGAAGAAUGUGCACUGACACUUAAUUACUUUACAUCGUUUACAUGCACACGCGAUAUGAUUUAAACACAAGAAUUCACUACUGAGCACCACAUGAAUGUGCACUAAUUUAGUUUUUAUUGUAGCCGCACCUGUAAAACACAGACGUUUCAAAGUUAAUAAAAACUAAUAAAUCAGUCUGUUCUAGAAAAGCAUGUAGAUAUGAUUGUGUGCUAGAGUUUUUUUCAUAAUUGAGUGAAAAACACAAAACCACUUUUUAAUGAAAUGUAGCUUUUGAAUCAAACCGGUGCUGAUCAAACUGAACCGAAAUAUGAUUCCUAUGAGACAGACCUGAACACCUUAAAUGCACAUAUGCACUAGUAUUGCCAAGGCAGAUGUCUUGACAGGACUGAUAUGGCCUUACUGCGUAA